AAUCUCAACAAUGGUUAUCUCAAAACAGAACCUGAGAAUCCUCAACGCGCUUCUCUCUCUGUAUGGGUUAUUAAGCUUCCCAACGAAAGCAGAAGCAGCUCCUACAUACAUAGGCACUUACUGCAAUGACAACACCACAUACGCACCUCAAAGCAGAUUAGGCGCCAAUCUCAAUGUCCUCCUCCAUUCUCUCACCACCAACGCCUCCCAACAACAAGACGGUUACUACAUGACCAUCAUGGGCUUCGGAACCACAGACGCCGUCAACGGCGUCUUUCUAUGCCGCGGCGACGUCAACGCCACCACCUGCCAACACUGCGUUGCCGACGCUGCCGGAGAAAUCACGCGCCGCUGCCCCAACCAAACGGAGGCCGUAAUCUGGUACGAGGAGUGCUUGGUGCGCUACACCAACAAGUACUUCAAGUACUACAGCAUCGUCCCCAGGUUGAACCCGCGGGACGGGAAGAACGUCUCUGGCGUUGACUUGGGAAGGUUCAACCAAUCAUUGUUCGGAUUGUUGAAUGAGUUGGCGACGGAAGCGGCGAAUUCCCCGUCGGCGAAGAAGUUCGCAACAGGGGAAGUGGAACUCACGAGGUCGCAGACGGUGUAUGGAUUGGGGCAGUGCACCGCCGACAUAACCAAUUAUCAGUGUGAGACGUGCUUACGAAAUGCCAUCGGAACUCUACCCGCUUGCUGCAGCUCGCGACAGGGCGCAAGUGCUCUGCUUGCGUCCUGUUUUGUCAGAUACCAACUGUACCCAUUUUACAGUAUGACCGCCACCUCUUCAUCUUCUUCAGGAAAAAGUAGAAUUGAAACAAAAACGGUUCUCAUCAUUGUUUUCUUGAGCGUAGUUCCGAUAAUGCUCUUAUUUUUGAGCUGUUAUUGUGUACGAAGAAGAUCGAAGAUGAAACGCAGGACAAUUCUAAAGGAAAACUUUGGGGAUGAACUUAACACUUUAGAAUCGUUACAAUUCAAUUUGGCUAUAAUUGAAGCUGCCACAAACAAGUUUUCACCAGAAAACAAGAUAGGCAAAGGAGGAUUUGGUGUUGUCUACAAGGGUAUACUUUUUGAUGGACGACAAAUAGCAGUAAAGAAACUCUCAAGAAGUUCAGGACAAGGUUCAGUAGAAUUUAAAAAUGAGACUUUACUAAUAGCCAAACUUCAACACAGAAAUUUGGUGACCUUAUUAGGAUUCUGCUUGGAAGAACAGGAGAAGAUGCUUGUAUAUGAGUAUGUGCCUAACAAGAGUCUCGAUUACUUUCUAUUUGAUCCCCAAAAGCAAAGAGUACUACAAUGGUUUGAACGUUACAAAAUUAUUGGAGGAAUCGCACGAGGAAUUCUUUAUUUACAUGAGCAUUCACGACUUAAAGUUAUACAUCGUGAUCUCAAACCCAGUAAUGUGUUGUUAGAUGAUAAUAUGAAUCCAAAAAUAUCAGAUUUUGGCAUGGCAAGAAUAGUUGCUAUUGAUGAAGAACAAGGAAAUACUAAUAGAAUCGUUGGAACAUAUGGUUAUAUGUCUCCAGAAUAUGCAAUGCAUGGACAAUUUUCUGAAAAAUCAGAUAUAUUUAGUUUUGGAGUCAUAAUUCUCGAGAUAAUUAGUGCUAAGAAGAAUGCUCGUCCAAUUGAAUCACAAGAUUAUGAUGACCUCCUAAGCAUUGCUUGGAGACAAUGGAGGAAUCAAACCCCCUUAGAAAUACUGGACCCUGAUCUAAAAGACUCCUUUUCUCAUAGUGAAGUUAUUAAGUGUAUUCAAAUUGGUUUAUUGUGCGUCCAAGAAAAUCCAGACGAUAGGCCUAAUAUGGCAAAAAUUGUGUCAUAUCUUAGUAGCCUUUUGGUUGAAUUGCCACUUCCUCACGAGCCUGCAUUUUCCAUGGAUAUGGAAAUGAAGCUAAACAUGUCAACAAUGGAAUCGAGUUUGGAUCAAUCUACAAAUAAUUCGGCAGUAUCAUCAAUCAAUGACAUGUCUAAAAGUCAUUUUUUCCCUUGAAUAACAUGA